CGGGGAAAGUAACGACUGACGAGGAACUAGAAGAGAUGCUGGAGGGAGGCAACUCGGCUGUCUUCACUGCCGGGAUCAUGGACUCUAAGAUCAACCAGCAGGCCCUGAAUGAGAUUGAGGCUCGUCACAAAGACAUCAUGAGGCUGGAAAGCAGCAUCAAAGAGCUCCAUGACAUGUUUGUUGAUAUCGCCAUGCUGGUUGAGAAUCAGGGUGGCAUGAUUGACAGAAUUGAGGGCAACAUGGACCAGUCAGUGGGCUUUGUAGAGAGAGCAGUGGCCGACACUAAAAAGGCAGCCAAAUUUCAGCAAGAGGCGCGCAGGAAACAAAUUAUGAUCUUCUGCUGCUGUGUGAUCUUGGCCUUGAUACUGGGUUCGUUUGUCUUCAGCUUCUUCAAAUAGAACACCAGAAUGAGGCCACCCACCAGCUGAGUCCACACAGGAUGAGGCAGAGCAGCAUUGCUGUCAGAUUGUCACAAUAUAGAGCCUGGGCUCAGUUUACUGUCAUUUCAACUAAUUCACAAUAGAAAUAGAGGCUGCAAAUAUUUGCAUUCAGUCUCAGUUAUUUCUGGAUCUGUUAUGACAACUUUCUUAACUUUCUCAUGGUGCCCCGUAUUGAAUUAAUUUAGACAGAUAUCCCUGUAACAUGACUGCAUGACCACCUCACUGCCCAACAUCAUGGUGCAUAUAUAUGCAGUCGGUAUCAUAAGUAUUGAGGCCGCUGUUAUUCUUUUGGACAUUUCUCUUAUUUGUUUGGAAGCCAUACUACUGUGCUUAUGAUAUCGACUGCAUCUAAUGAUACCCGCAGCUGCUAUGACUCCACAGUGGGCUUUUAUUCAAAUCAUUUUCAAUUCAAUGAAGGAGGAUUGUCACUUUCCUUAAAGAAUUCAUAUAUUGGAGUUUUGAUGUUGAACUGAUUCAAAGAUGAUUGAUGGUUGACGCUCUAUGAUCUGAAAAUAGGAGAAAUUUCUGAAGGUGUUGGAUUAGAAAUGGGAAUAAAUACAGCCCUGCUUUAUUUGAUUACACUGACACUGCCUUGGAGGUGUUUUACUGCUUCAUAUCUUUGUUUGUAUAUGUAUUUCAAAGACUGCUAUCAUUUUAACUAUAAAAUAUGUGUAUGUAUGUUUCCCCCUCUUUUUUUAAAGGCCCAUGUGUUCUUGUUCCAUGUCAUGGUUUUACUCUGGUUGGUUUUGGCCAUUUGCAUCUUUUCCUUUUGCUUUAGAUCCACAUAUGCAGUCGGAUACACUGCACUCUUGUAAUGUACGCCUACUCUUUAUCCAUGAAUUUGAUCUUUUUGUGAUUUGAGACUAGAUUUGGUCACUGGCUCAUGCAGAGAUCAGCAAAAGAAAAUGUCACUUUUGUUGAGAUAUUGUGAGGAAAUAUUUUUUGGAGCGAUACAAGCGGUGGUGUUUUCUUGUACUUGUCUUAAGUGUCAAGCUACAACAGGAGCACCUGCCAAAAAAUUCCUAUGGAUGUCACACUGUAUGUCUACCUCUUUCUUCACUGGCUCAUGCUGCCAUCAAGUGCCCCUUGUAAGCUCUCUCUCUCUGACAUCCAAAAUUGACAAAGAAGACUUUGAUACUGGAGGCGUUCAUUCAUUUUUGCGUCAAAAUGAAAUGGAUAAAAUGUAUUUCCCAACAAUAAGAUAACAUGACAUCUGGGUAACUUGGACUUUCCACUUAUAACCUGGGUUGUUUAUUUGACCUGUAAAUAUGUUUUCUGACUUGAAUUCAGGGUCACCAGUUGUGGAUGUCCACAUGCCAGCAGGGGGACCCCACUUCCAUAGCCAGGUUCAAAGAAGGCUAAAUGUAUUUCUCACAAAAGUAACCUUGAUAGUUAAAUCGGAUACUACUUAAAAGUAAUAUUCCAUUGUCUCAAAUGUGGAUACAAGGAGACAGGUAGGACAUUAGGAAAGACUAAUAGUUAACCAUGGUUCAGUUGACACAUCAGCCAUUCUGUUCACCAUUAUUAUUAUUAUUAUUAUUAUUAUUAUUAUUAUUAGCUCGUGUGACACUUGUAACAUGUAACGUUACGUGAUUUUGUGCGUGCUUCCUUUCCUGCUUGCAGUAUUUUAGCCCCGU